UUAAUAUCUAAGUCAAAUAACAGCAGAAUACUUCAGUUUUAGUAAUAUUAUGGAGCACAAGUGGCUCCCUGCCAGAUGGGUCAUAUAAAACGGUGUACAAGCUGAAAACAGUGAUGUCACUGCCCAGCGGACAUCUCCACACACUGUCUCUUUAAUUUCAGUGCAGUCCAGGGGGCAGGGUCGUGUUUUUUUUUUUCCUCCUCUUUCUUGGACUCGGAGCGUUUGCGCCAACCACAGCAGCAGCAGCAGCAGCAACAGCAGCAGAUUGAAUGAAGUGUGUUUGCAGGCUGCUGGCCACACGGAGGACACCGUGCUGGCCUGUUCAAGAUGCCAGACAUGAACAGCCACAAUACAUCAUUAUUUUGCAGCUCUUGACAGGGCGGAUUUGAGCCUCUUUUUUUGCAUUUCUCCAAUAGCACCUCUCUUUUAAAAAAAAAAAAAAGCUGCAGGGGCCUUGAGAAAUCUCCGCCUUGAUGGUAUCUGGAGAGAAGGCGACUGGCAGCUCUCUGCACGGAUGAUAAAGAACUUGGGGGGGCGGGGGGGAAGGAAAUGGUCAAGAUGGCAGCUGUGUACGGAAUGAUAAGGCUGAUGUGUUGGCAUUGCAUGUAGUAAUAGACCUUUUUUCGUGUGUGUGGCAUGCACGUCGCAGGAUCGCGGUGCGGGACGCGGGCGCUUGUAAAGGAACGCCGUACGGAUUCCUCCAGGACUCUCCGUCGCUGACUUCUCUUCCCUUCCCCGCGUCGUUAACUCCACAUUUGGCAAAAAAAUUAAAAGAAAAUUAAAAAAAAUUGCAAUGCAUGUUGGCCAGGGUGUGGGGCUGUGCACGAGAAAAGGCAAUGUUUUGUUAAUGCUGGUCAGCCGGAUCAGCUCUGUGUGCUGCGGAUAGACCGCACAGAGGAGCAGGAUAGACAGACAGACACGUGUUGGGGACCGGGCUGCAGACUGGAUAUUUGCAUAUCGUUGCAUAGUAAAUAAACUGUCCCUGAAACCUGCACACAACAUUGAUGGAAUGCGACCUGAGUGAUUUUAUAACCCUUUGUGCGACGACCGAGAUAUUGCGAUUAACAUGGCUGAGGCGCCGCGCAAUGGCAACGAGCCUCCUCUAAACGUUGAGAUAGAUCCGGAUUUCGAGCCCCAGAAGAGGCCACGGUCCUGCACUUGGCCGCUGCCCCGACCGGAGUCUGGUGCGGGCAAGCCCGGGACAAAUGACACUGACGUAAUCCCCGAGGAAGAGGAUGACGAGGGUGGCAGCACGGAGAGCGACGCUGCUCAGAAAGGCUGCGGUGGUGGUGGUGUUAAAGCCCGGGAGCCGAGCAGGAGCAGCAGCAGCAGCUCCGCCUCGCAGCCUGUGGAGGUCCAGCGCGGCCACAGCAAGGAGGAGGCCGCCGACGGCUCCCCUUCCUCCGGGCAGACCCCCGCAGCGGCUCCGGGCGGCUCUGCCUCCCAGCAGCUGAGGAAGUCCUCCGCCCGCAGGAACGCCUGGGGCAACUACUCCUAUGCAGACCUCAUUACCCAAGCCAUCGAGAGCUCCCCCGAGAAAAGGCUGACCUUGUCCCAAAUCUAUGACUGGAUGGUGAGGUCUGUGCCAUAUUUCAAGGACAAAGGCGACAGUAACAGCUCUGCUGGCUGGAAGAAUUCCAUCCGACACAAUCUGUCCCUCCAUAGUCGUUUUGUGAAAGUCCAGAAUGAAGGAACAGGGAAAAGCUCCUGGUGGAUGGUCAACCCAGAGGGUGGAAAAGGAGGGAAAGCUCCACGACGACGAGCUGUAUCCAUGGAUAACAGCAAGUACAUCAAGGGAGCCAGAGGACGUGCCACCAAGAAGAAAGCCUCGCUGCAGGCUGCCCAAGACGGUAGCUCAGAGAGCUCCUCAAGCCUCUCCAAAUGGACAGGAAGUCCCACCUCCCGCAGCAGUGACGAGCUGGACGCCUGGACAGACUUCCGCUCCCGGACCAAUUCCAACGCCAGCACACUGAGCGGUCGUCUGUCACCAAUUCUGGCCAACCUGGAGCUGGACGAGGUGCCUGAUGAUGACUCACCCCUCUCCCCGAUGCUGUACUCCAGCCCCAGCAGCAUGUCGCCGUCCACGGGGCCCACAGGGCUCUCUGACCUGGCAGGUACCAUGAACCUCAACGACAGGCUCUCUGACAACCUGAUGGAUGACCUUUUAGACAAUAUCAGCCUGACAGCAUCCCAGCAGCCUCCUCCUGGAGAGGAAGACAACGGAGCCAAUGGUCAGGGGAGCUCAGUGUUUACCUUCAGCUGCUCAGGUAGCCCCUCUGGCAGCUACGGGCCUAACCCUCUUUUUAGCCCACCGUCCAUCACAAGCCUGCGCCAGUCGCCCAUGCAGACCAUCCAGGAGAACAAGCAGACCACCUUCUCCUGCAUCUCCCACUUCAGCGACCACCAGACCCUGCAGGAUCUGCUCAGCCUGGACACCCACAGCCACAGCAACGUCAUGCUCACCCAGUCCGACCCGCUGAUGUCACAGGCCAGCACCGCCAUCACCCUGCAGAAUUCCCGCCGUAAUGCCAUGCUGCUGCGCAAAGAUCACGUGUUGGUGAACCACACCACCGCAGGUCAGGCCCAAAGCUCUUCAGUGCCUGGUUGGCAAGCUGGCUUGUCAACCUCAGACAACGGAGGCCUGGGGCUGAGCGGCGACGCCGGCCACCCUAACGUCAAGCAGCCGCACCUGAAGUCUCCCAGCAAGAACGCCUCUAUGCAGCUCGGCUCUGGUUUGUCCGGCCAGGACCGCUUUCCCGCUGAUCUGGACCUCGAUGUGUUCAACGGCAGUCUCGAGUGUGACAUGGACUCCAUCAUUCGCAAUGAACUGAUGGACGCAGAUUGCCUGGACCUCAGCUUCGACUCUCGCCUCACCUCUGCCCAGAACGCCAACAGGAAUUCAGGAAGUUUCUCGAGCUCGAAACAGACCUCCCCUCAGAGCUGGGUCCCAAGCUGAGAAGCUCUAACAGAGCUCAGCAUGAUCAAAAAAAAAAAAAAAAAAAAAUUGGGGAAAAUGUAAAUUGGGUUUCAUUGUCCUGCAUUGUGCAACUAGAGGGAAGAAAGUAUGUAAAAGUGUAUUCAUGUAGUAUUUUUUUCCAUUAUUUUUAAUGUGAGGGAUUAUGUUCGGUACUGUAUUUUAAGUGUCUGAGACACACAUAAGUGUCUUUAGAGUGGAGAAAAAAAAAAAUCCUUUAAAAAGAUCAAUACCUGGGCGGUGUGAACAACAGUAUUGACUGGAAUGGAACUAUGGGACAUUUUGUUAAAACUAUAUAAAAAAAAAAAACAUCAACUCGUGUUAGUCUCAGGGAAUCACUCGUCACAAAGUGAUACAUGAAACUGAAGAUGAAUUAUGUUUUCACCCUGCUUUCUCUCCUCUUUCACACCCUUUCAUACCUAAACCAACAUUUUUGCCAAACCAGCUGUCAGCCUGUUGUGGGUGACAGCCUGUUUACAGAAAAAGCUGCAGAGAAUGUUGCAUUAUUACGUUCCAGUGGAGGAUACUUGACAAGCUUUUUUUUUUUUUUUAAAGUUUCUUUGAGAGUACGUAGCCCUAAACCGGACUAAAAGAUUUAAAAAUUUACAAAAAGCUUUUUUUCUUUUCUUUUUUUUCUCCCAUUGAUGCACCGAGUCACGCACCAAAUAUCAAUCUGUAGAGGUAAUAUGUUAUCAAGAUGUGAACUGAUCUACAUUGUGUGGUUUUUUGUAUGUAAUGUUUUAUUUUUAUUUAGCAAAUUUUACCCUGUGAUUUUAGUGACCUUACUGUAAAUUUUGUUCCUUCUAAAGGUGCAUUAAUGAAGUCUUGAUAAUAUGGUGUUUCUGCUGCAGACCCCUCUUCGCUAUCUUCCUCCUACUCUUCUUCCACUUACUGCAAUAUUUGGAAGUACUGCUCAGUAUACAAAGUUUAGGACAGAAUUAAGGACAGUGUUUAGCAAUCAACAUGAUUUAGCUCUAGUUGACAACAUUUACAUUAGCAAACACGUAGGACUAUUUGGAAUAAAAUAAUCACACUUGGAGACGCCACAGCACUACAAUAUUUGGUGCUAUAAAUAAGAAGAUAGCAGGGAGUGGCUGCAGAUGGAGCGGCAUUAGUAGCCUCCCUUUGUUAUCAGCACUACAGCAGGUUCUGGGUAAAAUUAUGUUUCCAACCCAGUGAGAGGAGAUUGUGUAGUAUCUUUAGAGCCUUUUUUUUUUUUUUUUUUUUUUUUUUUGCCAUUUAUGAAAGAAACAACCACAGUAUUUUAAAUAUUGCCAAAAUAUUUCUGCAUUUAAAUAAGUGGAAAUAGGAGGAUAUACAGUGUAUAAAUAGUAGGAACCAGUGCUAUAAGGGCAAAAAAAAAUCUACAUCAGCACAGUUUUUGUAGGAACACCAGGAUGACUUUUUUAAUUUUUAUUUUACAUUUUUAUGACAUUUUCAGUGAAUGUCUUCUCCCUAAAUUGACCAUUUCAGAAGACAUGUUGGUUUUAUUUAUUUAAUUUCUUCCUCUUACUUCCUUUCCCACAUGUGUAGUGAGUCAGAGCUGUGCAAAGCACCUUUUUUUUUUUUUUUUUUUUUUUUUUUUUUUUUUGGUGGUCUGUUCAAACUCACCCACAUUUUUCCACCUCAAUCGGGUAUUGAUCAGGACUGACAAAGCAUAGACAAGUGAUGCCUGAAAUUGUGUCCUAUUAGAGUUAUUAAGAAGAUCUAAGAUGUUACAUCCUGAUGAAUUUAACUGAUAUGGAUUUGAGCUGAAAUAUCGAAUCCCAUUAGCUUAAGUGUUUAUUUAACAGAAAUAUGUUCUGCACAAUUGUGCUUCCAAUUAUAAUUUUUGUAGCUUCACAUGGAUGAUUUAAUCUUAAAACUACAGAAAAAUAACUUGACGCUUUGUUAUUUUCUACAUUUAUUUUGAGUAACACUCACUGCCAAUAUCCAUACUUCAUUUCUUCCUAUUGCUCCUACAAAAAAAAGGACAUCAAGUUGACAUUGCCAGUUGUAAUUCCAGUUUCUCUCUUGGUUGUAUCAGAGAUGGUGCAUGUAAAUAAAGCUUAAAGAACCACUGAA